GAACAUCAUCAUCAUCACUUAGCCGAUCCGAAUCCCCACUUUUUCACGCCCCACGCAAACUCUCCCUGGAGUAUAUAUCACUCACUCUCUUAUUCACAAGAGAAAUGAAACCGACCUGACCACCGUCAUCUCAGCUCAGCGCCGUGAAACCCUAACAAAAAGAGAAAAUCCCCUCAGGAUCGACUCCUUUGCUUCUUCACAGUCCCCUCGCUCACCUACCUAUAUGCUUCCUAGAAAGAGAGCGCUCGGAGGCGAGGUUCCAGUAAACGAAGAAAAACAAGAAGAAGAAUCGUCGUCCAAGCGGCACUGCUCGGCUGCGAACGACAACGACAACAACAACAACAAAAACGGCAACGACACGAUCGAAGACGGAAACGACAACAUCAUGGCUUUGGGAAACGGGAACUCCCCGGACAUCGACGAGGAUCUCCACAGCCGCCAGCUCGCGGUGUACGGCCGCGAGACUAUGCGGCGGCUCUUCGCCUCCAACGUUCUUGUCUCCGGCAUGCAGGGUCUCGGUGCCGAGAUCGCGAAGAACCUUAUUCUUGCGGGCGUGAAGUCGGUGACAUUGCAUGACGAAGGUGUUGUGGAGCUGUGGGAUUUAUCUGGGAACUUCGUUUUCUCGGAGGAUGAUGUGGGAAAGAAUCGGGCCCUUGCUUCUGUACAGAAAUUGCAGGAAUUGAAUAACUCUGUGGUCAUUUCCACUUUGACGACCGAAUUGACUAAGGAACAGCUUUCGGAUUUUCAGGUUGUAGUUUUUACUGACAUUAGCUUGGAAAAAGCAAUUGAAUUUGACAAUUACUGCCAUAAUCAUCAGCCUCCAAUCUCCUUUGUAAAAUCUGAAGUACGGGGUCUUUUCGGUAGUGUGUUCUGUGACUUUGGCCCUAAGUUUACAGUUUUUGAUGUUGAUGGUAAGGAUCCACAUACAGGCAUAAUUGCGUCUAUUAGCAAUGACAACCCUGCUCUUGUAGCCUGCGUUGAUGAUGAGAGGCUUGAGUUUCAGGAUGGGGAUCUGGUUGUGUUCUCAGAAGUUAAUGGAAUGACAGAGCUGAAUGAUGGAAAGGCAAGGAAGGUUAAGAAUGCAAGACCUUACUCAUUCAAUAUUGAGGAGGAUACCACAGAGUAUGCUGCAUAUGUGAAAGGUGGUAUAGUUACACAGGUGAAGCAACCAAAGGUAUUGAACUUUAAGCCAUUGCGAGAAGCACUAAGGGACCCUGGUGAUUUCCUUCUUAGUGACUUUUCCAAGUUUGAUCGUCCACCCCUCCUACACCUGGCAUUUCAGGCUCUUGAUAAAUUUAAAUUAGAGUUCGGACGCUUCCCAGUUGCUGGAUCCGAGGAUGAUGCUCAGAAAAUAAUUUCUUUGGUCAUUAGCAUCAAUGAUACCUUAUCGGAUGGGAGGCUUGAGGUGAUUGACCAAAACCUUCUUCGUCAUUUUGCAUCUGGUGCUAGGGCUGUGCUGAAUCCAAUGGCUGCCAUGUUUGGUGGUAUUGUUGGGCAGGAAGUUGUGAAGGCUUGCUCUGGGAAGUUUCAUCCUCUUUUCCAGUUUUUCUACUUUGAAUCAGUUGAGUCCCUUCCCACAGAACCCUUGCAUCCUAGCGAUCUGAAACCGUUAAGCAGUCGUUAUGAUGCACAGAUUUCUGUGUUUGGCUCCAAGCUUCAGAAGAACCUGGAGGAUGCAAAAGUAUUUAUUGUAGGAUCUGGUGCACUGGGGUGUGAAUUUUUGAAGAAUUUAGCUUUGAUGGGGGUUUCUUGUGGUAAACAAGGGAAGUUAACAAUCACAGAUGAUGAUGUAAUUGAGAAAAGUAACCUUACCAGGCAGUUUCUCUUCCGGGACUGGAAUAUUGGGCAGGCUAAGUCAACAGUCGCUGCUUCCACUGCUGGUUUGAUAAACCCUCGUCUCAACAUCGAAGCACUGCAGAACCGUGCAAGGCCUGAGACAGAGAAUGUAUUUGAUGAUGAAUUCUGGGAGAAUCUGAGUGUUGUUAUCAAUGCUCUUGACAAUGUGAACGCUAGACUUUACAUCGAUCAAAGAUGCUUAUAUUUCCAGAAGCCACUUUUGGAAUCAGGAACGCUAGGUGCCUGUUGCAACACUCAGAUGGUCAUUCCUCACCUAACUGAAAAUUAUGGUGCCUCAAGAGACCCACCUGAAAAGCAAGCACCCAUGUGCACGGUUCACUCAUUCCCUCACAAUAUAGACCACUGCUUGACAUGGGCUCGAUCUGAGUUUGAGGGUUUGCUUGAGAAAACACCAGCUGAAGUAAAUUCUUAUCUAGCCAACCCGAAUGAGUACACAUCUGCAAUGAAGAAUGCCGGUGAUGCUCAGGCCAGGGACAACUUGGAACGUAUUCUUGAAUGCCUUGACAAGGAGAGAUGUGAAACAUUCCAAGACAGCAUAAGCUGGGCUCGUCUGAAGUACUGUUUUUACUUAUCAAUUGCAUUUAUUAAGUUCACAUUAUAUAGCAUUUGUCUUUUACUUCAGCUUCUGAUUGCAUGUGUUGAUGAAACCAGGUUUGAAGACUACUUUGCUAACCGUGUGAAGCAGUUAACAUACACUUUUCCUGAGGAUGCCACAACCAGCAAUGGAACACCAUUCUGGUCUGCUCCCAAGCGUUUCCCUCGCCCACUGCAGUUUUCAGUUGAUGAUCCCAGUCACCUUUGUUUUAUUAUGGCAGCAUCCAUACUACGUGCAGAGACAUUUGGCAUCCCAAUUCCUGAUUGGGUGAAGUCUCCUAGAAAGUUGGCUGAUGCUGUUAACAAAGUAAUGGUCCCUGAUUUCCAGCCCAAGAAAGGUGUCAAGAUUGUGACCGAUGAGAAAGCUAGCAGCCUUUCCACUUCAUCAAUUGAUGAUGCUGCUGUUAUCAAUGAGUUCAUCGUGAAGUUAGAACAGAGCCGGAAUCAGAUGUCGCCAGGUUUCAGGAUGAACCCAAUACAGUUUGAGAAGGAUGAUGACACAAACUAUCAUAUGGACCUAAUAGCUGGACUUGCAAACAUGAGGGCAAGGAACUAUGGAAUCCCUGAAGUUGACAAACUUAAGGCCAAGUUCAUUGCAGGGAGGAUCAUCCCUGCAAUUGCAACCUCCACUGCUAUGGCGACAGGUCUUGUCUGCUUGGAGCUGUACAAGAUUCUGGGUGGAGGGCACAAAUUAGAGGACUACAGAAACACCUUUGCCAACCUAGCACUCCCUCUGUUCUCAAUAGCCGAGCCUGUUCCUCCUAAGGUGAUCGAGCACAAAGACAUGAGCUGGACAGUGUGGGACAGAUGGAUUUUGAAGGGCAAUCCAACUUUGAGAGAGCUUCUUCAAUGGCUGAAAGACAAGGGCUUGAAUGCGUACAGCAUCUCUUAUGGGAGUUGCCUACUUUUUAACAGCAUGUUCCCAAAGCAUAGAGAACGCAUGGAUAAGAAGUUAGUGGAUCUGGUUAGGGAAGUGGCCAAGGCAGUGCUGCCUCCAUAUCGACGGCACUUUGAUGUCGUAGUGGCUUGUGAGGAUGAUGACGACAACGAUGUCGAUAUCCCGCAGAUUUCCGUUUACUUCAGGUAGGCAUUUCUUAUGCGGUUGGCCCAAAAAAACAGAAAAGAAAAGAAAUUUCAGUCUUAGGAUGACACCCUAAAUCAGAACUUCAGUGAUAUGUAUGGAUGUUACCGAGUUAUAUGUGAAAUAUCAAUAUCGGUACUUCGCUUC